AUUUUAAACAAAACUUCUCUGCGUCGUUUAAACGGCCCCCGUAAGUUACACGUUUCGAAUACCCUUUCUCUCCUGGCGAGAGGAUUUCGUAGAGAAGGUUUCUUUGACGAGUGAGUUUUAAUGGAUCCGAGGGUAGCUUGGUUCCAGCCCGAACAGAAAGGACCUGCCAACGCUUUAUGGAUGCAGAUCUGGGAAACCUCACAGGGGCUGCAGACCAGCUCCGAUCAUCCCCGACAUCCGCACCGUGGGAACUCGCCAGCUCUGGCCUCAGGUUUGAUGAAAAGCACCUUAGCUCCCCCGGCAUCAGGCACCAAACUGAUUGCCAGCUGCAUCGCCCAUCAUUUGGUAAACGGCGGUGCCAUCUCUUCAAAUUUCUGUCCAAACGCACAGACAAAUCUCCAUCCGCCAUUUAACAACUGUAACUUUACGGUGGUAAGUGGUCCUUGCACAGGACUGGGAAAAUUAAAUGGUUCUCAAAAGCAUGGUUCUCUGUCUCCGCCGUCCUCCGUGGACUCGGAAACGGACAGUCCGAAAUCGGACUCUUCUGGGACUUGUGACGGCACCAGCACCGUCCCCACCGAUGGUGCCAAACUUCAUUUCAGUUUCACCGAGCAUCUGCACAACAUCAGCAACUGCCUCCUCCACCAUCACCAGCCGCGCGACAACAAAGCGAGCACUUACGGGAUGAACUAUUUGCUCGCCAGCUCCAAUGGCCACUACUUUUGUUCUGGGACACCGUGGAAAACGAGGAAAUACAGUCCAGGAGUUAACGGCCUCCAUGAAGAGAUAAUGGACUUCUAUGAGUUCAUGUCCCCGCGACCGGAAGAGGAGGCCAUGAGGAGAGACGUGGUGAAUCGAAUCGAGACGGUGAUCAAGGACUUGUGGCCUACAGCUAACGUCCAAAUAUUUGGCAGCUUCAGUACUGGACUGUAUCUCCCAACAAGUGACAUUGACCUAGUGGUGUUUGGGAAGUGGGACCGCCCUCCUCUCCAGCAGCUAGACCAGGCGCUUAAGCAGCACAACCUGGCUGAACCGUUCUCCAUCAAAAUCCUGGACAAGGCUACGGUUCCCAUCAUUAAACUCACCGACAGAGAAACGGAAGUGAAGGUUGACAUCAGCUUCAACGUGGAAACUGGCAUCAAGGCCGCACGCUUUAUUAAGGACCACUUGAAGAAGUACUCGGUGCUGCCGUAUCUCAUCUUUGCGCUGAAGCAGUUUCUGCUACAGCGAGACCUAAACGAGGUGUUCACCGGUGGUAUCAGUUCCUACUGCCUCAUCUUAAUGGUCAUCAGCUUCUUACAGCUUCACCCGCGGAUUGACUGCAGAGGCUCCAACAUCAACCUGGGCAUUCUCCUCAUCGAGUUCUUCGAGCUGUAUGGAAGGCACUUCAACUACCUGAAGACGGGCAUCCGUGUGAAGAAUGGAGGAGCAUACCUUGCCAAAGAGGAGAUGAUGAAGGUGAUGACCAAUGGACACAGGCCAUCCACGCUGUGCAUAGAGGAUCCCAACCUACCAGGUAACGACGUGGGUCGCAGCUCGUACGGAGCCAUGCAGGUGAAGCAAGUGUUUGACUACGCCUACAUCGUUUUGAGCCACGCCGUGUCUCCCCUUGCACGCUCCUACCCCAACAAAGACAUGGACAGUACCCUAGGUCGGAUCAUCAGAUUGACCCAGGAAGUGAUUAACUACAGGGAGUGGAUCUUGCAGAAAUGGGGCGACAGCCACAAUGCCAGAAUGAAUCAACGCGUUGUACAGUUUGGGGGUAAUUCUGAUCAGCGGCAGCGAGACUCCGCCACCCCCCAGAGUGCCGAAUCCCUUCCGUCUCUGUCUAGCCCUCAGCAGCACUCGUCCUCGUCGUCCUCCUCGUCCUCCUCGGUUUCUUCCCUCUCAGGAAGUGACAUCGACUCUGAUUCCGUUGCCUGUGGAACCACGGUGGCUCUCGAUGCGUUCCCUGCAUCCGCUCUAACUAGCGCCCAACAGAGACAGCAGAAUGGGGCAAAUCCAGCUGAUUGGGGCAAAACCCCACCCAACUCCAAGCUGCAGCUGCGAAAAUCGCUCCCUGCGUGUGGGAUGGUGCCCCCACCGUUACCUGGGAGACCAUCAUGUGAGGAUGGAUGCGUCCCUUCGAGUGCCGGGUACCGACUGCCGCACCCCGCGUCUGCCCCCAUCUACCUCACCCCUCUGCUGGGUCACCAACAAUCCUCCAUCAAGUUCCAUGGCAGCCAGAGGUUUGGAUCAAAGGGGCCACCACAUGCCCCCGGCUACGAGCCGGGCCCGAUUCCCGGCUCCCGGUUCCACUCUCCCCAGCACAACCGGAACAGCUGGCGUCGCCGUAGGAGGGAAACGUUGCCCUGCAACCUCAGCAGAUAGGGGCAGUGUGAAGGGACCCCACCUGCUGCAGGUGAAAGGUAGCACUUCCUCCACGCCCUGUCUCGCAUAUGCGUGGUCUUUGAGCAGCAUCAACCAGUUCACCUGGCAUGUCGGACAUGACUGCCUGUUUUGAAUGGACUGUGUACCCAUUUAUUACACGUGUUCGUGGUUUUUUUUUUUUUUUUUUUUUUUCCCUCCGAACCUCACGCCACCCCCCACCUUAAACUUGCAUUUGGGUUUCUGUUUGUGAUGACACACUAAACUUUUCCACACAGACAGGCUCUACUUGGAAUUGUAUUUACUGCUACUUGUGCAAUAUAUGGGUGUGUUUUUGUGGUUUUUUUUUUUUUUUAAUCAUUUGAUUUUUUUUUUUUUAAGUUGCUUUUUUAAAUUACAUUUUAAUUUUUUACUUCAAUGUUUACAUUUUUGUGAAGAAUGUUAGCUCUUGUAACAAUAGAUCAAACUUCUGGUACUACAAGCAUAACAUCUUUUAUCAUGUUCAAACCAGGAACCAUUUUUAAUAAUUAGGGUUGUGGUUUUUGCACAUGAUAAAAACGUAUGUCUAUAUUCAAUUCUGCAUCUCAUCUCCCCAACUUGCUGGCUUGCCACACGUGCAUUCCAGCCUCUGCACCAGCUGAUGGCGCCACUGAGUUCUUAACUUGCUCUGUGCCAAAAUCCUAUGGCUACUACAGUCAGAGGGCUGAUGGACCAAGUGUUCCUUAUAUUCUAGCCUACGUCUUCACAGCCACUGAUGGCUCAUAUCCCCUCUGCUUGAUUUUAUCCUCGAUCCAAGUUGAGUUUUCCAUCUGGAUCGUUCUCUAAUACCCGGCAUUCAGAAAAUAAUGGGAAACUUUUUUUUUUUUUUUGAGUUAUCCACAAAUGGUUUUAGUCCCCCACAAGAAAGUGCUCAAAUACAGGUUUGUAAAAGAUCUUUAGCAACAUAAUCAUGUCCUGUUCACAUUUUAGCUGCUUUUGUUGUUCCUUUUUGAAAUAACUGUGCUGCCAAAUAACAUUCACACACAAAUCUGUUUACAUUCAGAAAAGCUUCCAGGAUAUACUAUGGAAGCUUUUUUUUUUUGUUUUUUUUUGUUUUGGUAUUCUAUUUAUUUAUUUAUUUUUUAAAAAAAGUAUUUGUGCCAAAGACCAUCUCCAAGUGCAAAAGACGUUUGCGAGCUGUGUAUUUUGUUUCUGGCAGCCCAAGAGUUUCAUCUUCACCUGCGUGAGUGUGUAGUAGAGCUAGAGAGGGAGGAAGAACCACCAGAGGAAGAGCCCCUUCCUAUAUGCAUGCGAUGGAAGAGAGAAUGUUGCUGUGCACCUAGACUAUGGUCCUUGGUUGAUGCAUUCAUGGUCCAGUGAAGGAGAGUAGAGCUUGUACAUCGGUCUACAUGAGCCAAAUACAUGUAAUUUGCAUAAACGUGAUAUUUGAAUGUAAACUGAAGUAAAUUCCCCCCCCCCCCU